UCACAAUUAUUUAAAAGACCAAGGAGCUCAAAGCAUUUCAAAGAGUCUGGAAAAAUACCAAAGUAUUACUGAAUUACAUCUUGUUUUAAGUGAUAAUGAAUUAUCAGAUGAAGGAGCUCAAAUCUUUUCAAAGAGUAUGGAAAAAUGUCAAAAUAUUACAAAAUUACAUCUUAAUUUAAGUGAUAAUAAAUUAUCAGAUGAAGGAGCUCAAAGCAUUUCAAAGAGUCUGGAAAAAUGCCAAAAUAUUACUGAAUUACAUCUUUAUUUAUGAUAUUGGUGAAAGUAAUUAAUAAUCUAAGAAUCGCUAUAUAAAGAAGUCAACAAGUAAUGAUUAUUCAUACUACUGAGUACUCUUUGAAUGGUGAAAUAUAUUAAAAAGACAAAAAAAUAUAUUAAUUUAUCUGAAAUAUUAAAAUAGAAAAAUAUUUUAAAAAUGAUACAAAAAAUAUUUUUUAUGUUUUGUUGAAUUUUACUACUGCUAAUUUCUAACAUAUAUUUUUUUGUGAGUGAGUUAAUAAAUUAAUUAAAAAACUA